AUGGGAGGCCGGCGUGGCGAUACGAAGAAGUUCUUCCAAGCCUGGAAGAAGGGCGCUGCCCAGCAGCGGAAGGAGAUGAAGAUCCACGAGCGCGAGAUCGGCUGGAAACGGCAUUGCAACGGCAUGGAUCCGGACUUCCCGAAGAACUGCAACGGCAUGAAGCAGCUUUUACCCAGCAGCCUUACCUUACCCUUGAAUAACUUCUUGGCGCUGGACACAGGCGAUGUGGAAAGCUUCCGUGCCUCGCGUGGGCGAGACUACCGGAUGGGCAUGUCAGGCAUGUCGGACAAACUGAAGCAGGCCACCUUGUCAAGGGCCAUGGGCUUCCUACCCGAGAUCAAGGACCGCCACGCCGGCCAUGCGCAUGGCAGAAGCCAAGAGCGAGUGGAGGAGGAUCGGUGGUUUGGACCUGAGAGUGAGAUCCAGACCGUGGCUCGAAGCAAGUCAGGGGAGCUUUGCUUCCUGGACACCCGCACCAUGCGCAUUCGCCACUGCCCCGUGGAAUUCGGACACGUGCAGGUGGUGCGGCGGCGGUCCUCCGUGCUGGAUUUGCAAGGAUGA